AUUAAAACAUCCAAGUGGCUGGCCAAUUUUCAAUACAUGUUAUCAUAUAAAGCAAUAUAGUAGUAGUAGUAAACCAUGACUAUUAUAUUACUUGGUAAAACAGAGUUGUCAUCAUCCUCAUCUAACAACUCUAUCAAAUAAUUCAAACCCAAAGCACUUAGUCAUUUAGAGAUAGGAUACUACUAUUAUUAUUAAAAUAGGUAGAACAAGUCAAUUACGGCCGAUCAAUAAGAACAAAAAAAAACUUAAGGGAAAAGAAAUGAACAACUAAAUUAUAUUUAGUUUGGUAGUUAAUAAAAAGUCACAAGAAGUUUAUACACAAAACUCAGGGAAUUGAGCUAAAAGAAAGAAUUGGUCACACAAAUAUGUACAUAACUAGACCUCUUUCUUAUUACAAGAAAUCCCCUGAUUCUCUUUUUGUUCCACCCCCUGAAGGUCCAAAUUCCGGCUACCUUGUUAUCCAAGAUGAAGAAUCAUUGAUGCCGUCGUGUUUCGGUCGGUCGAAAAGUCUCUCCAUCGACGACCUGCCUCUCCCGUCGAACAAGAUCCUCAGUGUAUCCUACACCGAUGAUGGAGAUGAGAUCCUCGCUGUCCCCGUCAUCGGUCAGCCGCUCUCUUCGAAUCGAUACUAUGCUAUCAAGGCACAUAAGAAGCACAAAGGCAUAUGCAUGUUCGAAAGAUGAAGAUAGACGAGUAAGUUGCGGCGGGAGCUCUAUACGUGAUGUCAAACCAAGACCCUUAGAUCCUGACGAUAUAUACCAGCAGUUCGAGUUUGAGUACUCAAUGAAAAUUACAUGCACAACAAACAACGGAUAUAUAAUAAAGUCCGUUGCUACUGAUGGUCAUAUUCCACGCUUCUUAAGGAACACAUCACCAUUGCAAAUCCAAAGAUCAACUGCAAAUUCCAAAGAUUUCAUACUAGAAGAAGCCAAUGGCCUUGAUACUUCACUUCGUAAGCAUCUUCCUAGCUUCAACUUCAGCUUAUCUCGCGCCCCUCCAGAGCCUGUUUGUGUGGGUAAAUGGUACUGUCCUUUUAUGUUCAUCCAUGACGCGAAGUUGAAAGAUCAAAUGAACAAUUCAGUGUACUACGAGAUGACACUUGAACAGCGAUGGGAGAGGAUUUUCACAGCUGAAAGUAGUUACAAUCAAGGAAGUAGUGUAAUGAUGGAUGUGGUUGUUCCAAUACAAGAAGUUGCAAUAGGUGGAAAAGAUGCUGUACUUGUAGAUGAAAGAAGCACAGGCAAUAAGGUGAUUUGGUUUCGGAGCGUAGGAAACGGAGAGCAACUAAGUAUUGGGUUGAAUAAGGUGAUUGUGGAGAGAAUGAUAUGGGAGCAAGAAAGAGUUGGAUGGGUUAAUUCGGAUGAAAGGCAAGUAAGAGUAAUUAGAGAAGAAGAGUAUGGAGGAAUUGGAUGGUGGGCAAAAUUUGGGUGUUAUGUUCUUGUUGAAAGAUUUGUUCUUAAGAGAAUGGAUGGAAGUGUGGUUUUGACUUGUGAUUUUAAGCAUACUCACCAAAUUAAGACCAAAUGGGAGUGAUUACACUUACAAUGUUACACAUGUUCGAGGCAUAUAGCAAUGAAAAAUAAAUUAUGGUAAUGUGAAU